CUCUGCCCUGGGUGCAGACUUUCAUGACAAGCAAUACUACCAGCAUACAUGCUUGUAAUCAUUGCUGAUUAUGAAUGAUAGAAUGGCUGCUUCUGUAUUGUUCUUGUGUCUUUUUUGCCUGGGAUCAGCAGAGGCUGGGAAGCUAUUAGUAGUUCCUUCAGAUGGCAGCCACUGGACAGGCAUGAAGCCUUUGGUGAAGGAGCUCGGCCGAAGAGGAAACCAGGUGGUGGUGGUCAUCCCAGAGGCGAGUCUGAGCAUGGGUCCAUCACAGCAUACCACCACGCUGACAUAUCCCGUGAACUACACCAAGGCCCAGCUAGAGGAGCAAGUGAAUGCAGGUGUUAGUGCUCUGACAAGUGUAGAUAUAUCUACAGAUCUGGCCAGGCUUCAGAAUUUCAUCAGAACUCUGGAUCUGCUGAAUGUCCUUGCAACCCGAAAUGUUGAGGGUUUGCUCUCCAACAAGGACUUACUGAAGAAGCUGCAAGAGUACAACUUUGAUGCGAUUCUCGCAGAUCCAUUUGAGCCUGUUGGAGCUAUAGCUGGUGAAUAUCUCUCAAUUCCAGCCAUUUAUAUACAAACAAACCAUCCUUGUGGUGCUGACACUCUUGCCAGUCAAUGUCCAGCUCCAGCUUCUUAUGUUCCACAGCCUUUAACUCAUUUUACUGACCGCAUGAAUCUCUGGCAAAGAAGUGUGAACCUGGUGAGGACUCUUCUUCAGCCCAUGGCUUGUGAGUGAAUGUUUGCUCG